AAACCGAAUCCGGCUUAUGUGAUUGUCGCUCCUUUGUAAGGGAAUCGCGGGCUCUUGUAGUCUUUAAUCCGCAUGUUUUGUGUAUGAAAAUCAUAAUAAAAAUUGUUUUUGUGAAUGAAUAUGUGCUUAAUUUAUUCAUAAUUAAUUAUAGUUAUUAUUAAUAUUGGUAUUAUAACAGUAUUCAGCAACGAUACGUCGCAUUCUCCCUCUGUUAGGAUUUAAUGGAGGGUAUUCUUGUUUAUAAAUAUUGAUUUGCUACAUAAGAUAUUUUGAAACGAUCCCAUUGUGUUUCUAUAGUGAAAUGUAGGCAAAUAAAAUUGUGCAGCGAGAUCUUUAUCGGCAAUGCAACAGUUGGAUACGAGAUAUGGCGCGACCAUAAUCUACUGUGAGAGGUGAUUCGGUCGUGUUUUUUGUGUUUUCUUGUGUUUGAUCAGUGUUUUUUUGACAAUGGAGGGGACUACGGAAAAGGAUUGCUCUCCUUUAUGGAACCUGUACCAGCAAAUCGUGUCGGAUAUGAAGAAUAGCGCGCCAAUGUGGGAGGAGUUCAUAUCGAAGGCAACCAAACUUCAUUCGGCCUUAAAGUCAGCGUUGGUGGCCAUAGCGGCAUUCCUGGACGCUUUCCAGAAAAUUGCUGACGCUGCUACAAAUGCGAGAGGAGCGACAAAAGAAAUAGGCACGGCACUGACGAGAGUGUGCCUGCGCCACCGCGCUAUCGAAUCCAGGAUGAAGACAUUCAUAAGUACGUUAAUGGAUCGUCUGAUUUCGCCGUUGUCCGAACGUGCUGAGGAAUGGCGGAGGGGUUGCGCCGGGGCUACCGGUGCGCUUGGGAGGGAACACGCCCGGGAGUGCAAGAGGGCCCGGGCGGAACUGAGACGGCGAGUGCAGGAAGCUCAACGUCACGCCAGAAAAGCGAGGCGUGCCCCACCAGAUGCGAAGAGACGUGCCGAUGUUUGCUUGCAGGAUAUUCAAGAGCGCAAGCAGCAACUGGAAGAGAUGGAAGAGAAAGCGGUGAAGGCUGCACUAAUCGAGGAGCGAAGCCGCUUUUGUCACUUUGUUACCUUGCUGAAUCCCGUCGUGGAGAGUGAAGUGGCGAUGCUAGCCGAGGUUGGACACCUGCAAGAAGGAAGUGAGCAAUUAACGCGGCACACCUCUGAACCUAGGACUUUGCCGGCAGCCAGUCUUCAGGUUAUCUGCGACGUGAAGUCUUGCUACAGUGGCUGGGCGGAGAGCGAGUCCGCGCCACAUUCUCCGUCUACCUCUUCCCGUCUCGGAAGCCGCAAAUCAUCUCUCACCUCUAUCUCUUCUCUCAAUAGUCAGUGCUCGGACCAACAACACGGUGUUUCCGGAUCAACUGUCAGUUGUUCAACGCCGAUUUCUAAUUCCUCCGGUGGCACGAUAUCAACGGCUGGAGGCGAAUCGCAACAUUGUCUGUCACAGUCAGCAUUGCGACUGUCGAGCGUGUGCAGUACGGAUUCCGGUUUCAGAUCACAAGACACCUUGCAACGACGUUCGCUCUACACUCAUAAUGGUUUAGACAAUCAGAGCGUAAGCAGCGAAUGUAUCACGCCGUCCAAAAGCGCCAUCGAAGACGACAGUACGGACGACGGCCAUGACGCUAUGGGGAAUGCCGCGUCAGCGACUUGGCCCGAUUUGAAAGAUACGGCGCAGUUCGAAAGGGCCGCUUCAGCUAUUAUGGGCGGUCGACCACAUACCAUAUCAUCGGCGGAUCGUGUGCACCCGCGGCCAGCGCUGAGCGUCCACACCUUCACAUCGGAAGCGCUCGGCACUCUGACCCGCGAGGGAGGGAUAUACGCACGGCCGCCACUGCCCACUCGAUGUUCCUCGUUAGAGAGGCCGUCGGUACCGGCCAAGUCCAACAACGCCAACACGGGACAGCAGGAGUUCAAGCCGAUGAAACCUUCCUCGCUUCCACCACAUCUAACUAAAGAAAUGCCACAAGCACUGUACGUGAACAUGUCCGAGCUCGCUACGCUCGCCGCGUCCCGUGCUCAACAGCAACAGCAGCAGAAUAACUCGGAAUUCCCGCAGCAGGAAAAGGUGUGUUCCGAGAGCAGUGCUAGUGAGUCUUCGUUGGAGUCAUCCAGCGGUUAUGGAAGUCAAGGUGCGUUCGCUGCCGAAGAUCAUGGACACCAGCAUCAAAUACAACAUCCCGAUGUAGAUUCGGAGAUCGUGACGUUGAGACGCGAAUGUGACGCGUCAGUCGCAGCGGCUAGGGAGAGCUUCUCGAUAUCCCUCGGGAGCCUCGAGGAGGCCGUCAGGUCUCUGGACGAGGUCAACGAGACGCCGAAUUACGCGACCAUCGGGAAGAAACCCGCCGUUCCCAAACGGCGGCCAUUGUCCAUGACAGCGACAGUCUACUCACGGCGCGGCUCGUCCAGUUCCUUAGGAAAACCGCCGCCGCCGGUACGACGCUCCUCUUCCAUUUCGCGACCUCAGAGACCUCCAUAUGUACAGAGCAACAUGGCGAGUCCCCAGAUGAACAUCACCGACGCGGACAAUUUGCCACCGCCGCCGGCUUUCUUGUUGCAGCCCGAUAACGAAUUGAAUACGGCUCACCCCGGUAUAAACGUGGCCGAAACCGUGAAGCAACUAACCGAAUUGAAACACAUGCCCGCAUCGCCGGGAUUGGUACGACGCACUGUUCAGAACCAAAAUCAGAACCUGACCGUCAACGCGAAUCAAACUCAGAACCAGAACCAGAACCAGUCUCCGUCCCUGACCACGUUCCAACAGGCCAAGAGUAAUAUAAAUGCCAGCUUAAGCGGAAACUUGAAUCCGAUAUACGGACAGACGGGCCAUCGUAUAAUGGCGUACGUGGAGAAUUCCGUAUAUGUGAGGAAAAGCAGCCUCAAUGUGUCCAGUACGGAUCUUUUCAGGGAUGGGAAUACUGGAAACAUUUACGGCGAAGGAAAGGGAUCGCCGCAUGGAUCCAGUCCCUCUACUCCGAGCUACGGUGAGAACAACUCAUUCUCCAGCUUCGGACCCAGGGUUACCAACGAUUCUCAUUAUGGUCAAACUGGCUUCAAGCUUCAGCAGGAGAAGAAGUAUACGCAGAACAACAGCAUCUAUGCACAGCCGGCUCAGCUGGGCGGCACCACGCUGAGUCCCUUGGCGUUGCGGCGGUCGCUGGCGGCCAGGUCUCAUAGUGCCGACAGGCAUUCCGAACAAGGCGGACUGAUUGCUACUCUCAGUGCAAAACUUGCUCCACAACUUUCGCCGCGAACCUCGAGACGAGUGAUUUCGACAAUUACGUCCGCUGAUACCACGCCUAAAGCAAAAGGUAACCUACCUUCAGCCGUACAGCCAGCUUUCCUCGACAAGCUUUCGGCGACCAUACAGCAACAGCGACGGCAACUGGAUUCUUCAAGAGCCAACACUGUCAGGGAAUUGAUAAAUGCCCAUGCUCAGCCUGACCCACGAGUUUGCCACACGUCAUUAAUGGAGCAAAUAAAACGCGGUGCAACGUUGCGCCGUAACAAACAUUGUAACGAUCGAUCCGCGCCAAAAAUACGCUAGGUUGCUACAAAAACUAUUUAUAAGCAAUAUAUUGUAUACAUAUAAAUGUUAUAUUAUAAAUGUAAACCGUCUUUUAAAAAUGUUUCGAAUUAUGGCCCCUUUUCAGUUUUUAAUUUUGAUUUGACAAUUUUUUAAUUCUUGCAACUCUAAUCAACUGUGAAAAUGUUUGAAUAUUGCCAUCAUUUACACAUUGUUUAAUACGGAGUGAGAUAGCAGAUGGUAGCUUAAUAAAAAUUGUCAAAUUCGAGUUAUAAACUUUAGGAUUUACAAUGUAUGUUAUAUAGAAUAGGGCUGAUUGAUUCCACCAAAUAACUAACAUCCUAGGUAUAAAAUAUUAACAUUAAGACAUAUCUCUUUUGUAAUAAAAUUAUAUAAAAUGUCGUCAUAGAAUCUCAUGAAAAAAAAACUAUGUGUACGUAUGCCAUUAAUAAUAAUAUGACAUAUAAAAUUAAUGUAAGCCUUGGGAUGCAUAUCUAUUUUUAUAUUAAAACAAAAAGUUUUAAAUAAAAAUGUUUUUACGAAACACCUUAUCUCGACUAAGAGCGAAAUAUACUGAAAAAUGAAUACAUAUAUCAUUAUUUAACGUCUGAAUUAUUUAAGACGGACUUGAACACAUUACGAAGUAACUUGCAACGCAUAUGCACUUUCAUUUGGUUGAAGCAAGACUUUUCUAUGUAUGAUUCAAUCAAUAAUAUGAAUUCACGAUUUAUAAGAAUAGAGAUAAGUUAAAUGUUAAAUAUAUAUUUCCCUCUGCAGGACAGACCUUAUAUGUAUGGGAAUAAAACGAAAACAAUAACCGGUUUCUAACUUUACAUUUCUAAUUAUUUUGCGCGGUGGUAUGAAAAAUAGCGACACGUUUUUUAUAGCAGAAAGCGCUUAAAAUAUUAACGAAAUCGUAUAAUACAUUUCAGGAGUAACCGAAUGAAUGUAAUACAACUAACUUAAUAACAGAAAAUGAGAUAACAAAUAACUUCAUCGAAGUAUUUUGAGAUGUGUUUAGCGUAUCUGUAGAUUUCAUACUACUCUGCCACAGUAAAAUUAUCGGUUAACUCAAAUCAUCUAUUAAUUAACCAUAAAAAUGUAAUAUCUAACACUUAACACUGAAAUUGAAUUAUUAGCUGUUAUAUCGCAUGAAAUAUAUAAUAAAAAUAUUUAAACAUAACUGUAAGUUCGAAAUGACGCCAUUUUGAUAGUAAAAUGGCGGUUACUGACACUUGCCAACAGAUUUAAAAUACAAGCAAACUAAUGUAAAAGUGAUUAUUGUAAUAUUUUAAAAUGAUAUAUAGAACAUUGUUAAGUAGAUAGUUUAAUAAGUGGGAGGCUAACAAUUAUUUAUUAAUUUUCAUUCCGCUUUCAUACAUGAUAAUAAAUUAACAAAACCAUAGAUAUACUUGUUCCUGUAUAAAAUUUUUCUAAUAUUGCGGAAUCUUUGAAAGCUUUUACAUUUAUUUUUUGUUUACGAGCGGUACUGAUUAAAAAUGUUAGUAGUGUGUAUGUAAACUAUAUAAAUAAAACUAGUUUUAGGGUAGAGGUUUCAUACAUAUCCAAAAUUUAUAUCUCAAUGUCCUUUAUAUACAACAAAUAAAUGUUUAUAGCGGUUCCUGUCGCUUAAGUGAGAAUAUUCGAAACACUAGCAUGCCUGUAACCUAACAAGUUUCUUAUUUUGAGUAUUUUUAUCGAUAUUUCGUAUUAUAUGGAAUAAUAAAAUAAUAGAUGUUCGCGGGAUAUUUGUUAUACAAUGUGUUAAGGUAAAGUUUGCGUAUGUAAUUGAUAAGUUGGUGAAAAUAAACAAAUAGCCCC